GUAGCCAUGACUAGCAAUUCCAUGGUCUAAGCACGAAAAUGUUUUGAAAUCAGAUAAAAGUUUUCUGUGAGAUAGCUUGCACCGUACGUUCGAAGUAUCCAAGUGGCUAAAAUAAACAUUAAGAAGCAAGUCGAGAUUUCAGAGAAAAUAAGAUGUCCAACGAAAUCAACGAAUUUAUUCCACCAGAUCACUUAAAUAAGACAUUUUUCAAAACAAGCCUCGAAAGUGGACUCCAAACUAGCGGAAUUGAUAUCAUUGACUUCCAAAUAACGUUGGGAAGUCAACCUGGUGAUAACUACACGAGCACAAUUUACCGGGUCAAGGUCAUAUAUAAACAACCAAAUUCUGGGAAUAAGGAAAUUUUCCUAAUUGUGAAGAGUAUUCCAAUAGACGAGCAUCGCGCCGUAAUAGAACAAUUUGGAUUCGUGGAUAAAGAGAUCAACGUUUACAUUGAAAUCUUGCCCAAACUUUCCAAAAUAUUAGGUGACACUCCUAUAGCCCCAAAAUGCUUCCAUAUUUUCAGAAAACCUCACCGCAAUAUAGUAUUCCAGGAUAUGAAAGCUUUGGGAUACAAAGUUGCCAGUCGACAGAUUGGGCUCGAUGAGGAACACCUGAAGGUGACACUGAACAAAAUUGCAAAAUUUCAUGCCGCCUCGAUGAAAUUGCUGAAGGAGGACCCAGCAAUUGACCAAAACUAUUGUGAAGGAUUCUUUACAGAACAAUCCGUUGUAGACCCAAUCUUUCAAACUGUAUUUAAAGAGAAUAUCAAACUGGCUGGCGAAAUAUUGAGUAAGAUACCUGGGUAUGAACGGUUCUAUCCAAAGUUGAUGAAAAUUUAUGACAACUUCAGAGAAGUUGCUUUGAAAAUGGUGGAACCUGAUCCUGUCAAUGAUAUAAAAGUUUUAAAUCACGGCGACUUAUGGGUCAAUAACUUCCUUUUCAAAUAUGAUGAAAAGGACAAACGACCAACAGGCAUAGUGUUUGUUGACUACCAAGGUACCUACUUCAAUAGUUUGGGAAUCGAUUUGAACUAUUUAUUCGCUACGAGUGCCCAAGUGGAUGUUCUUAAACGAAAAAUUGAACUAAUUGAAAAAUAUUAUUACCCAGUAUUCAUCGAAACUCUGAAAAGUUUGGAUGUUGGAUAUAUUCCAACCCUCCAAGAUGUAAUCAAUCAAGUGAAACUGCGGGAAAUGUAUAAUCUGUUUUGCCUUUUUGCCGUCUUGCCAUUGGUAUCGAUGAACGAAGAAGAAUCGAAAACGAAUGAUUUUUCACAGUUUGCGGACAAGGAGAAGGCGUACCAGAAAACACUAAUUGGAAUGUCCAGCAAAAGAUUUUCCGAGUCAAUGAAAUAUACCGUGGAAUACUAAGAAAGUAUGAUUGACGAAACCAUAAGUGAAUACUAACCUAUUGUCUUAGUGGUUAUUUUAGUUUUAGAUAUUGGUGAAAGCUUAUAUCAACCCCGAAAAGAGUGUACAUUUUUAAACCCGGCAACAUGUGAAUUUAGUAAUUUAGUAGUAAUAGUAGUCGUAAUUUAGUAAAGUAAUCUGAAACUGUUUCAUUCAAAUUUACGGUGCAAGGAAAUGCAGAUGUCUCUGCUCCCCAGUCUCAA